CCGGUGCUAUUUUAAAAUGGCAAAGUCUGAUGUCCUCCAUUUCUUUCUACUCAAGCUUUUGCCAUUCUGGUAAUUGUAAUGGUGCUAUUAUUGGAAAGGCAACAAAAAGGAUUUCAUCUGCAGAAUGGCAUGCUUUGGUCUCGGCCAAUCUCGGGUUGCUUCUGGGCCUCAUCCAGAUAUAUCAAAAUCGAAAAGUUUCUCUAUUUGAAACUCGCCCCGCCACCAUGGCCAUUUCCCUCGCGGCACUAUGCAUCUCUGUCUUUGCACCAGCAGCUCUGCUCAAAUCCAAAGCAAUGAAAGUGGAGGAGGAGGAGCAACAAACCACUGGGCAUUUUUUCUACUGCUGUCGAAUCCGUGACAUGCAUUUCCUGAUCUCAGGUGUUGUUACCCUGUCAUGCCUUAUAUCUGUCUUCGUCGCAGAUGGGCUCGUUUGGAUUGUGUUAGUCUCAUGUGCUUGUAUCGUCUCUGCUCUACUCGUGGCUUGGUGUUUCUUGUGUCUACCCAUUUUCGGAAGAACCAAAUCCGAUCGUGGUGAAUUGGGGCCCAGAAGGGUGUAAUUCUCCGUCUUGCAGCAUUUGUCACAUUUCCACUAUCCCUGAUCCUUAUACAAACAUAUAUGAACCAAGAUAAAAUAUUAGAAAGAGUUGUAUUAUGGUCGAAUACUAGGUCUAUAGCUUAAAUAAGUGUACGACUUUCCUUUUUAAUCAU